AUGAAGAUAGAAAGUAUAAGCAGCGGAUUUAAAAAAAGUAUUUUAGUAGGUUCCUUAAUAUUUCUCACAGGUGUUUUUGUGUUUUCAUUUAAGUCAUGUGUGAUUCCGUAUUUCAGUUCUGCGACAGGAACAAAUACAGUGAAUAACGCUGUGAAUUCAGGAAACCAAGAAAAUGUAGGGGAAGUGCCUGAAAAUAGUGAAACUAUAGGCGCUGAAAGUACUGCAGAACUUGAGAACGUCUAUAAUACAGUGGAUACUGAAAACGAUUCUAAGAGAACCAAUAACAAUAUCGACAAAAAUGGCCAAAGCGAUGCAGAUGUGACUAUACCCCCUAAGAGUGAGAAUAAAAAAGAAUCUGCAGAGAAAAAAGAAUCUGAAAAGAAAGAAGAAUCUGAAGAGUCUAAGCCAGAAGAAGAUAAAGCUAACGAGCCAAAUGCUAUAAAUCAGAAAGAUACUCCAGUGAAAGGCACAGAGGAAGUUCCUAAAAAGGACGAGAAUCCUAUAAGACCAGAAGGAAAUGAGGCCAAAGUUCCUUUAGAUGAAGUGGAUAAAGAAACCGAUAAUAGGCAGAAUGCGCUUCUGAAAGCUGGCCAAAAAAGCAGGGAUCCAAGACGAAUUCCUCACUGA